AUGAAAGAAGGUACAAGAGAAGGAUUUGCAGACGAAGUCUUCAAGGAGUUUUUAGCGCAAAACUCGAGCACAAUUCAGGACUCUAUCCUGAUGAUACAAAAGAUCUGCCUCAUUCAGGCAUUCACUCGUGGCUAUCUUGUGCAUAGACGGUACUGUAUUGUGAAUGAGAGCGCCAUCGUCAUCCAGAAGAACUAUCUGCGAAAGCGAGCAGUAACUGAAACGAACAAACUAUUUGAUGCUGCGAUGUAUCUGCGCCGGAAGGACUUCUUUGAUAACCAUGCAACGGUCAUCCAAGCCGCUUUUCGCGGGUUCUAUGCGCGAAAGUAUAUCCUUGACGCUAGUCAGCGGAGAAAGUACAUAGCGGCUGUCGCAACCGUUUCGGCGAAUCUUGCCGAGGAGGCCCGAGAAUUCAGUAAGAAAUGUGCUGCAGAGAAGGUGGCUGAGGAAAAUCAGAGGAAAGCGGCAUAUAUAAAGAGCCUUGCCCAUCAACAUCACCUACGAUCCACAAAGGCUAUACCGGGAGUUUACAAGCCUCAAUUUCCUAUGUCACCUCAAACGAUAGAUGGACGGGCCAUAGAUGACAUCAUAAAGGCUGAGGGACUUGCAGUGGCAAAGAAAGCUACGUACUCUGUUACCCGCUCGCGCACAUCAAAGUUUCCUUUGCUAAGUAGUGCACCAUCGGCCCCAAAGAACUCUAGCGCCCUUGCCAGCGGCGCCACAAAUUUACUCUCUCCUGUUCCAGCCCCUCUCUCAGGUCUAUCUAAUAGAACCUAG